AUGUCCCUCGAAGGCUUCCCCACGCUCCAGCCCGCCUUCACUAUUAAAAGUGGCGGCGCCACUGAGAGAUUUCGUAUUGGGAACUCGUCCGUCGGUGGGGGUCUAGUUGCUAUCCCCUUUUACAACGGCGUCAUCGAGUCCGUGCCGAACUUUACCCCCAAGUUCAAGUUCACCAUCAGCAACGGCAUUGACUAUGUCACGGUCGACGAGGACGGUAAACAUGGCCGGUUUAACGUCAAGGCGGUCCUAACCGAUGAUGAGGGCCGUAACCUAGUGUUGAGCAUCGACGCCAUCACCGAGCUGCAUCCGGACGUGGUGGCCAUCAUCGAAGGUACGCCCGACGCCAAGUCAGCUCCGUUUGGGUAUUGCGUCGAGCAGCUUAAGUUCUGGGUCGGCGAUGAGGUCUACAAGCCGUUAGAGAGCAUGUAUUUUGUCAGCAGCCAGCGGUUUACCGUUGCGGAGGAUGGGACGGCUGGGGCCGAGCUGCGCGUGUCGAGGGUGGUUUCGGGGAUCUGA